GGGUAUAUAGGUUUAACUGUGUCUUUCAGAGAGUAACUUAAUCUCAAAUCUAGAACAGCUAUGGGAGGAAAGGCAUCUAAAUCAUCUAAAGCAUUGUCGCAUAAAGAUUUAAGUAGAGAGAUUGUGCCAUAUUUUGCUAACUUACCUGAAAUGGACCAGAAUCUCUACCAAUUUGCGAUUAAACAGGUGACAAAAGAAUCAAAAAAGUUGAAAUUGAAAAGCGUAGAGGUCUGUUUAAAUUUUUCAAACAAUAUGACAGUGAAUGUUAAGUCGGACGAUAACCCGCAAAAUUGUUACGUUGUGACCCACGAUGGAUCUGGAGGUUUUCAUGCAUGUUGGGAAAUGGAGUCUCCUGCAAGAUAUGUUUUUCGGAUGCUUUCAAAGUCUCUUGAUGAUUUCUUUACAUGGCUAGGAGAUGUGACAAAGGCAGCUGCUCAUGGACUUGGUGGAACGGCGCGCCCAGCUCUUACUGGUGGAAAUUAAACAAUUUCCGAUUCAGAUGAUGCGAAUAAAGCGAUAUUUUACUUUGGUAGACUCUUUGAUUCUUAAUAACUGACACACACAAAAUGUAACAAUACUAACGAAUAAAACCUAAAGUUUCUACUAAAAACAAUGAAUAAAAAUAUCAUUCAUAAAGGCUUUAUAUGUAAAUGAAUGCAAUGCUAUUGAACAUGGCGAAAAUGUUGUGACGCUGGAUGUUAUUGUCAGCAGACUCAAAAUGAACUUUCCACAAAGACGGCAAUUUCCUUAGAUUAAAAGCAAAUGAUGUGACGUGAUUCUAAUGAAGUUUAUAGAUUGGUAUAACUGAUUUUGAUUUUGAACUAAAACAUUUCAUGUGUAAAAUUUUAACAUUUAGAAGGAUAUUUCAAGUUUUAGAAUUUGAACAUCACUAAAUCGUAGAAAGAAAGAGUUGUUUUACAUGAAAAUUGAACAGUAUGUAAAAUAUGUAUAUUAUUACUAAAAGCUAAAUUAUUAGUAUCUCGCCGUAUUCUUGACUUUAGGGAAAAAUGAAUCUCAUGGAGGGAAUACACCUCUGGACAGUUCAGCGCCUUUAAAAAACUUACCAUUUUCAAAGAAAUGUUAUAUUUCUUCGUUUUGUUGCAUUUACAACAAUGGCCUAAGCUGAAAUACUAAUCACUAGGUUAAACAUCUAUUACCAGCAA